AUGCCGUCUUACGUGACCACUCCGCUUUUCUCCAUCCAAGAAGCAGUGAACUCGGCGACGAGUUUGCCGCAAACUCCAAGCAUUCAUCCGGAUGUCACGCUCACUCCAAGAGUGCUUCCUGGUAGAGGCAAAAUCGCUAAUGACUUGGUUUCCCUGGUGGAAAAAUACAGGAAAAGCGAACGGGAAUACCUCAUGGAGUUGCAGGUCUUGGAGUCGAUAGUCAAAUCCUUCGAUCCUGUUUACAACAACUACUUCGACUCUUCCCUAGAAGAUAUCACCAAUGAAAUGGUCAAGCAAAGAAAAGAGAAAAACCUGAAUUUACAUGCCUUAGUGAGGAAGAUGUUGUUAAAACACCAACAGCUCGAUCAAAUGCUACAUUUGGCUGAUUAUCACACUAUGUUAGUGAGAAUCUCUGAGUGGGGAAUAGAUGUCAACCGUAUCUACUUGGAGUACUUGCAGUGUUACAAGCUCGACAUCAAUCAGCCUAAAACGGAGGUCAAAACUAGAAGAAGACCUUUGAUUAGAAUCAGAUAUCUGAACAAUUUUAUCAAAAGCUUGAAAAGUAUGGUUAUUCAAAUGGAUGAACAACCCUACUCUGCCGAACUGUUGUCCAACAUCGAGGUAAUCAUUUUUAAACUAUCCGAAUGUUUGGAACAGGCCAGAACUCUUGAUGAGUCCGAAAGAAAGAAGUGGGAAAACUUUGUUCACGUUUCUAGUGCAAAAGAUAUUGUAUUGCUGAGAUCGGUAUGCGUUAGCAUGGGCCAAGAAAGUUUCAGCUGUAUUCCCCACCUUUGCCAUUUACAUUAUUCCAACAAAUUCCAGAAGGCAGAACUAGAUUUUCCCAAUAUUGAAGUCCAGUUUGUCAACAACUUUCAAAACAAAGGAAUUGCCAUCAUUCAAAAAGAUUUUUCAGGAAAAAAUCUUUUGUUUGCGCCAAUCAAACAGAAAGAGCUUAGAUAUGCCAAGACCACGAACAAUGCAGAGGGAAAAUCUUUGCACUUCAAACAUUCCUUGAUGAAUGACGGUGUUGAGCUAUGUUUCACCUUUGAUCCGACUGAGGAUAUGGCCCUAGAGAACGAAUUGAUGCAACUUUUCCCACAAUCUACCAACACAGCAGCACUAAAGCCUCUCACAUUAGGUUUAGGUAUUAGUAUCCAAGAUGAGAAUCAGCAAAAGCAAGAAUCAAUCACGACUCACCAAGACUAUGAAAAGCCAAUAAAUGCAACGGGAGUCCCUGCUUUUAAAAACCAAGACGAAUUUGAAGAGGUCGAUCUAGAGAACAUCUCUCCAGUUGAGAGCAAUAAGAGUGACCUGGUGAUUCCUCCAAGAAAAUCGAGCACUGUACCAUUGAGUAAAUUGAAGUACUCCUCCAACAUGAGCAACAUUUCUGUCUCCAAAUAUCUGGGCUCGCUGACAAGUACGAACGAAGCACCUUCAUCUUCAAUAGCCCGGAAUAGGGAAAAGCAAGAACAACUUUCCAGAGAAAUUAUGUACAAAAUUGUGCAAGAUGAAUCUUCUGAUGAUGAGAGCAUCCUGUCUGUGACCGAAGGACUCAACUUUUUACCGAUCGACAAGAUGCCCACUCCACAGAAAAAAGAGCCAAUUGCCAACGAAGCGAUUGAGCCAAACGGAUGCUCCGUUCCUACUGCACCCACGUCUUCAGAUGUAUCUUCUGCUUUUGUUUCUGUUCCAGCACCUAUUUCAGUCUCCGCUUUGACCUCUGCUUCUGUUUCUGUUCCAGCAUCUCUUUCAGUCUCCGCUUCGACCUCCGCCUCAACCUUAAAUUCGGAAAUGAAGUCACAGAAGUCGAUUAAUGUUGAGAAAUAUCAUCACAGCUUACAACAUUUUACCACCGAGCGGAAGAAGACCAAACAUCAAUCUAUAUUUGGCUCAUUGACUAGCUUUUUGUCCAAAAAGAGUUCUAAGAAACCUGCAAUUGUUCCACAACAGGUAGAAAACAACUUUGUUAAGCCUCGGCAAGUGUCGCCAACAAAGUCGGUUCAUUCUAUCACAUCGGUUGUUGAUGACAAGUCAACGGAUCAGGAUUUAAUUAAUAUACUCUCUGACUCUGAUUGCAUAACAAGACAGCUUCCUAAUGCCAAGGUUUCUCUGUGGUCUAGAAAUAGCUGGACCAAAGUUAAAGAUGUCAAACUUGCUGUUCACAGUAUCAAUGGUGACAAGGACUUCUACUUGGGAGUCUAUGACUCAAUGUCCAAGUCGGGAUCCAAUAACACUAUAUCAUCGAUUCCGACAUCAUCUUCAAGAGUCAAAGAUGUGGACAGCCUACCGAUUCUACUUUUGAAAUUGACUUCAGAUACCGAUUGCAUGUUCAACACUAUCGAUAUCCAUGUCAGGACGACCAAUCAUCGGAACGAGCCAUUGACAGUACUUAUCCGUCCAUCGAAUUCAUUUGGGAUGAAGAUCAUUGGAAAUGCGUUGGUUUGUCCAGAUGCAAUUGAUCUUGUGAUGAACAGCAGCAGUUGCGACUCGGAGUUGAGCAAAAACUCAGAGCUCACGAGAGGUACGUCGGUAUCAUCGAUUGAAUCGGAGGUGGUAGCUGAAGAGCCAGCGCAGGAGCAGAUGAGCAAGAGCUGGUCAGGAAUGGGUAGUAUCAAAAUGAUCGAAGCUUCCGGAAGGUUGAAGGAUCUCAACAGAUGUGUUUUUAGUAUAGAUAAAAGGCACGAUGAGCAAGUACUGAUUGACUUGACUGGAUUUGAUUUCGGCAACAUAGAGCUGAGGGUCAGUAAGGAACAAAUAAAAGAAGUUUCCGAUUUGCAAGUAAUGGUCAAGGGGGAGAGAAGUUACGUUCUGACGUUUGACAGUAACGAGGACGUUGAAAUGUUCUAUGAAUGUGUUUACUAG